GGUGUCUCCACCUCUAGUUUUUAAGGUAAAUAUAAACCCCAAUUAAAAGUAAUAAAUUGCGGCAGGUGUGUGUUUAGGCUUUAAAUCGUGUAUUCAAAGAACUCCGGCGCUCAGAACCGUCAUGGACUUCGCCAGUGUGCUCGGCAAAAGCGAGGCGCACCAGCGCACCAUUAUCCACCUGGACAUGGACUACUUUUACGCUCAGGUGGAGGAGAUUCGUGACCCAACGCUGCGAUCGAAGGCUCUGGGGAUUCAGCAGAAGAACAUUGUGGUCACCUGCAACUAUGUGGCGCGAGCCAAGGGAGUGUCCAAGCUGAUGCUCAUUGCCGAGGCCCAACGCAUCUGUCCGGACUUGGUUCUGGUCAAUGGAGAGGACCUUGCCCCGUAUCGACAGAUGUCGCAAAGAAUCUUUGACCUUCUGCUCAACUACACUCCUUUGGUAGAGAAGCUUGGUUUCGACGAGAACUUCAUGGAUGUGACGGCGCUUGUAGAACUCCGUGAGGCUCAUGCUGCCGAGGCCCAGCAUAAGCCGUUUGUGGGUCACAUAUAUCCGCCGGACGGCACAUCUUUGUCCGCUUGCGACUGCGGCUGUGCCCAGCGACUGGCGAUCGGCACUCGGAUAGCCCAGGAAAUCAGGGAAGAAAUUAAGCUCCGACUGGGCAUUACCUGUUGCGCCGGAAUCGCAUAUAACAAACUGCUGGCAAAGCUGGUCGGCAGCAGCCACAAGCCAAACCAACAGACCGUUCUUGUUUCCACGUACGCAGAGCAAUUUAUGAGGGAACUGGGUGACUUGAAGCGAAUCACUGGGAUAGGCCAGAAGACGCAGUGCCUCCUGCUCGAGGCGGGAAUGUCCUCCGUGGAGCAACUGCAGCACUGCGACAUGGACGUGAUGCGCAAGAAGUUUGGCUUCGAGACGGCUACAAGGCUGCGGGACUUGGCCUUCGGUCGCGAUACCAGCUCUGUCCGUCCCACUGGAAAACCCAAGACCAUUGGCAUGGAAGACGCUUGCAAGCCCAUCUCUGUGCGAACCGAUGUUGAAGAGCGGUUCCGUAUGCUGCUAAAGCGACUUGUGGAGCAGGUGGCCGAGGAUGGUCGCGUUCCUAUAGCCAUCAAGGUGGUGCUGCGAAAGUUCGACACCCAGAAGAAGAGCAGCCACCGCGAGACCAAACAGGCCAACAUUCUACCCUCUCUGUUUAAGGCCUCCGUGUGCCCAGGAGAAACCGGUGUCAGCAAGGUACAACUGGCUGAUGGGGCCCAGGACAAACUACUCAAGAUUGUGAUGCGACUGUUUGAGCGGAUCGUGGACAUGAGCAAACCCUUUAACAUCACAUUACUGGGCCUUGCUUUCUCCAAGUUUCAGGAGCGCAAGGUGGGCUCCUCAUCCAUAGCUAAUUUCCUAAUCAAGAAGGCGGAUCUCGAGGUGCAAUCGAUCACCUCACUGACAAAUACGAGUCUCACGAGUCCAACUGCCGAAAGUCCCACAUCGGACGAAAGCGCCUUCCGUUCGUCACCGACAACAUUCAAGCCAAGCGAUCAAUUCUAUAGGAGGAGAGCCACCACGGCCUCGCCGGUACCCAUGCUGCUGGAUAAUGGUUCCGAAUCGGCGGCCACGAACUCUGACUUCAGUGACUUUUCCGAGACGGAGGUAGAACCCUCGCCGAAAAAGAGCCGCAUUGGCCGGCUUUUGGUGUCCAAGCGCAGUCGAUUAGCGGCGGACGUAGGGGAUACAGCCGCCGAGGUUGCCUCACCAAGCAAACUGCGAGUCUGUGAUCUGCGUCUAAAUUCGAGGGACAGCGAGAAGGACUUUCCAAUGAGCACAACGCCCUCCACGUCAGCGGCUGCUCCUCGAUUCCGCACCGUCCAGCCACCGAAUACGCUGUUACAGCGAAUCGACGGCAGCCUCCGCUUUGUGACCACGCGCACUGCUAGUCGCCUAAGCUCAAACGCCAGCUCAACGGCCUCCUCGCCACUUCCGUCGCCCAUGGACGAUUCCUCAGCAAUGAGCGCACCCAGCACACCUACCAUGUCGUUUGCCUCGUCUAUCCCAGCCUCUUCCAACACGUCCUCUAGUGAUGCACUCACCGAUAUCGCCUGUCCAGCUGGCGUGGAUGCAGAGGUGUUCAAGGAACUGCCAGUGGAACUGCAGUCGGAGUUGAUCGCCUCGUGGCGAAGUUCCCUGGUGGCGGCAGUAGAGCAAACGAAUGGAACAGGAAGCAGCACAACCGCAGCGAUAACAAGUGCAGCACCAGCCACUGCCACCACCGCGAGCGGAGGUCAGAAGAACACGCUGUACCGCUACUUCCUGCGGAACAAGUGAUGUAGUGCCUUCGAGCACACCAUCGUUUCUAGUUGUAAGGAAAAAGUGAAUAAAUCCGUUUCUAUAUAUGA